UCACGUAUACGCCAAUCGUAUUAUACCCGGAAAUGCUGUAGUUUAAGAACUAGUGUGCGUUCGAAAAUAUAUUAAUUUAAUCCUUAAUAGAUGCAUUGGUCAAAUCACUGGACUGUUUUUUUUUACUGAAGGACGGUUGUAGCCAGCUUCUUAUGAAUGGUUUAACUGGUUGACACUUUUUUGUACAGUAGGUUAACAUAUUUAUCGGGAUGCCUAAGAGUAAAAGCUAAAACGAUAUGCUGUUGCAAUAUUGUAUUUACUUGCAAGUUGUUUUAUAGUUUAUGAUUGGCAAUGAAGACUAUUGAGGAGUCGUGUUGUGUUGUCACAGUAUCUGAAGCCCCCCUCGACCUCAGUUCUUUGUCCCAGAAUAAAGCAAUGAGUUGUAGUGGAGUAUUUUUAAAUCACCAGUCUGGGAUUGUAAUCUGUACUGGCAUUGUGUUUUCUAACUUUGUAAGUAAGAAACAAUACGUUAAGAAAGACUUACAGACAUUGCAUUCUGACAGUUUCAGUAAAGAUAUGAAAGUGUAUGUAGAUCACACAGAGCGCACUGACGUAUCUUAUAAACUAAUGGACAGACCCAAUGUGAUCCGUCAAGAGGCUGAACUGUUAAUGAUGGUUAACUGUGUAGAGUUUCAAGAUGCGUUUCACAAAAUCUUUAAGGGGGCAGAUAACUGGGGCUUUUAUGGUGGCAUUGAGGAUUCAGGGGUUCUGGAAGACUCCACGUUCCUAAGCUGGUUCGCUUUUCUUAAAGUGCCUUCUUCAUCCACCUAUAGUGAAUCAAUGCCUUGGCUGAAGAGUGACACUCUUAAAAAGGGAUUUAGUGUCCUCGCCUGUGGGUCUCCUUUUGGUGGUCUCUGUCCAGAUCUCUUUAUGAACACAGUCAGUAAAGGCAUUGUGAGUAAUCUCGCUGGAGAUGAGAAUGCACUGAUCUUGACUGAUGCCCGCUGUUUGCCUGGCACUGAAGGAGGAGGACUGUUUGUUAGUGAAGAAGAUAGAGCUUAUCUCGUGGGUUUGAUCAUUUCACCUCUAUGCUGGAAAUCAGAAGAAUGGAUUGGGUUGACACUAGUGUGCUCCGUUGACUUAAUUCUGAAAAACGUCCUAAAGGCUGUAGGCUCUCAGGAAACACUGACUGAGAUGUCAUUACAUUUUAUUCGUAAAUCUCUUCAAGCACCAUUAACAAAUAGUCGGUCAGAGUCUGAACGUUAUCCUGGAGUGGUAUUGAUCGACGCAGGUCGGCUGUGGGGUUCUGGUGUACUGCUAAACCAGCAUUUGGUUCUGACCUGCAGGCAUGUGGUGAAUGAAAAAUCUCUGGUUACGGUUAAAGCAAACUUAGGAGGAAGAUUUCAUGUGAUGAGUGGUAAGGUGCUGUACUCCUCAGCACCAUCAUCUCCUUAUGAUAUUGCUGUGGUGGAGCUUCAGGAGCCCCUCAUGAAUAUAGUCACUCCACGGUUUUCCAGACACUUUUACCCAGGUGAAGAUGUUGUUGUCGUUGGUUUUGGGGCUUUAGGAGGUAGCUCUGGUCCAUCUUUCACUUCAGGGAUCUUAUCCAGAGUUAUCACCCAUCUGUCACAGCCUGUAAUGUUGCAAACUACAUGUGCAGUACAUUCUGGAGCCAGUGGUGGCGCUGUGGUUCGUUCUGGCACUGGGGAAUUGUUGGGUAUCGUGUCUAGCAAUACAAGAGACUUCUCAGCGAAAGUGACCUAUCCUCAUUUAAACUUCAGUGUCCCAGUGACAGUUCUGGAACCGCUGCUGGGACUCUUCGCUCAAACUGGAAACGCUGCGGUGUUUAAGGCCUUAGACAAUGCAGAGAAGGACGUCAGAAAAACAUGGAGACUACAGAGCCUUCAAAGCAAGCUUUGAUUGUCCUCAUCAAUCAAAUGUAAUUGUAGAAGACAUUUAAAAAUUGAUGAUAUCAUUAGUAAAAUGAAUCACUUUCUUUUAUAAAGUGAUAAGAAGUCUGAGAAAUGGUAUUGAAUAAUCCUUUACCUAAUAGUGUAUGAACAAAAUGUAGGUGUUCGUGUGUGUGAUGCAUGGUGGCCCAGGUGAAAAAGUAGUGCACUUCCAUUACUUAAAGUGCUUUAUUUUCGCACACUAAUUUU